AUGUACCGCCUGCUGCGCCUGGGCCCGCUGCGGCCGCCGGCUGGCCCGCGCAGCCCGCCGCUCGCCGCCGUUCACCCUUGCGCCUUGGGCUGCGGUCCCCGCCUCGCCUGGUCUGGCCUCAGCCCGCCGCUUCCACUGGUAACGCUGCGAUCUCCAGCCGGCAGUUCCGCCAGGGAUGCAGGUGGAUCCUCUGAAAAGGCAGCCACAGAUCCCAGUGGUGAAAACAAGAAACUCAACAAAUCCCAGCAGCUGAAACAAGUUUUUAAAGAAUACGGUGCUGUAGGGGUUUCAUUCCAUGUUGGAAUUUCAUUAGUAUCUUUAGGAAUCUUCUACCUGGCUGUGUCAAGUGGUGUGGAUAUGACUGCAGUUCUCUUCAAACUGGGUUUCAGUGAAUCAUCUUUGCAAUCUAAAAUGGCUGCUGGUACCAGCACAUUUGUGCUGGCAUAUGCUAUUCACAAGCUGUUUGCUCCAGUACGAAUCAGCAUUACUAUAGUUUCUGUGCCCUUUAUUGUCCGAUACUGCCGGAAGAUUGGUUUCUUCAAGCCUCCUGCCUCAAAUCCAUGA